UCUACCGCAAUGAUUUGAGUGGAUGGUAGAUGGAUAGCCUACUUGCAUGCCGAGAUGAGACAACGGAUCGCUGAUAAAGGUUAUCAUUUACAAGGAGAGCAAAGCGGAUUUGGAAACCUGAUGAUCAAAAUUACCGAGAGAAUCUGAACAUUUCGAUAUGAUUGCACAUUUUCUGUAUUAGAUCGUAAAGACUCUAUGUAAUAGCAGGUUCGAGUACGUCUGAAACCACGUCACGUUUCAAUGCUCUUGGUGGACCAGAAGUUUGGCGUGUCAGAUCUGGAGAGACCCUCGAACAACACGGACGCGCAAAAUCGGUUUGGCAUAUUUCUUGGGGUAGUGGUGGACAUUUACUCAAGAUGUCUCAUUGCACUAUAAAAUAGUUUUUUUUCGACAAACACGGAAGGACCCGAUAACAUCGCAGGUUUUGCGCAACAUUCGGAUUAUUGUAUCUUCUAAGGAAAACGCACUGGGAGUAGGCAGUAUGGAUUGCAACGAAAGCCAAACCUUCCCCAGAAAGGAUUUGCCUGCGGUACACUGAAAGUGCAGGAAAUGCUUAUGGGAACUAUCAAUUCCUUAUCUAUAAGGAUAUCAUUGCCAGACGCUCUAUCAUGACUGAUGGCGAGGGGAGAGAACACUUUCACAACUUGGAGAGCGAGGGGGAGAGAGGACCCAUUUCUGCUCUGUACCGAGCGCCUGGUCAGGGCGAAGACACUGGCGAUGAGGAGGAGAGGGGUAGCACAUGGAUCCCUGUGCCCGAGUCUACUCGGGCGCAGGGUUCCAGCGGGCGCGACCCAACUCCGGAUCUGGCGUCGGAUGAUGAGGAGCAGCCUCCUUACCCGUUACUUGCGCCUGUUGUGUUUUUCUGCAUGAAACAGACCACUCGACCACGUAGCUGGUGUCUAAGAAUGGUUUGUAAUCCGUGGUUCGAGCACAUCAGCAUGCUGGUCAUCCUACUGAACUGCGUGACACUGGGCAUGUAUCGGCCCUGCGAAGACAUCGACUGCAAGGCCGAGUGGUGUCUCAUCCUGCAGGCAUUAGACGACUGCAUCUUCGCCUUCUUUGCCAUAGAGAUGAUCAUGAAGAUGGUGGCCUUUGGGAUCUGGGGAUCUAAGUGUUAUCUGGGUGACACAUGGAACCGCCUGGACUUCUUCAUCGUGAUGGCAGGGAUGAUGGAGUACUCACUGGAUGGCCACAACGCCAGCCUGUCAGCCAUCCGGACUGUGCGAGUGCUUCGGCCCCUCCGAGCCAUUAACAGAGUCCCCAGUAUGAGGAUACUGGUAACUCUUCUCCUCGAUACUCUGCCUAUGUUAGGCAACGUCCUUCUCCUGUGCUUUUUUGUCUUCUUUAUUUUCGGCAUUGUCGGGGUGCAACUGUGGAGUGGGUUGCUGAGGAACAGGUGUUUUCUGGCAGACGAGAACCUGUCUAAUCUGUCGUUCCUGGACUCCUACUACAUGGACGAGGAGGGCGAGGAAAGUCCCUUCAUCUGCUCCUUGCCCAAAGACAACGGCAUGCAGCACUGCACGGAUGUGCCUGCCUACAAGGAGCCUGGCAAGGAGUGUCAACUCAUCCCGCCGCCGCCGUUCCAGGCCCUCGCCAACUUGGGCGCUGGCCUGGCCAUGGGUGCGGGCAUGGGGGGCAGUGGGAACAGCUGCAUCAACUGGAACCUGUACUACAAUGUGUGCAAAGCCGGGGACAAGAACCCGCACAAUGAUGCAGUGAACUUUGAUAACAUUGGAUUUGCUUGGAUUGCUAUUUUCCAGGUGAUCACUCUGGAAGGAUGGGUGGACAUCAUGUAUUAUGUAAUGGAUGCACACUCCUUUUACAAUUUUAUAUAUUUUAUACUGCUCAUUAUAGUGGGCUCAUUCUUCAUGAUAAACUUGUGCCUAGUUGUGAUCGCAACCCAGUUUGCGGAGACGAAGCAGCGGGAGAACCAGCUGAUGAUGGACCAGCGGAAGCGCUACCUCUCCAACGACAGCACGCUGGCCAGCUACUCGGAGCCGGGCAGCUGCUACGAGGAGAUGCUCAGGUACAUCAGCCACCUGUACCGCAAGGUCAAGCGCCGGUGCCUGCGCAUCUAUAACAACUGGCAGAGCAAGCGCCGCAAGAAGGUCAAUCCCAACAGUGACGGCUGUGCUGGCGGACUGGGUGGAGGGAGUGGUGGGGGUGGACUGGGCAGUGGCGGACUGAACGGACACGGCCGGCCGCGGGAACGCGAGUACUGGAUCCGGGCCAUGCGCAGUCUCAUCCGUCACCACGAGCACCACCACUGCAACCUGAGCAACGGUGCCCCCUAUGGGCAGCAACAGCAGCAGCAGGGAGGGCUAGAGACGUCGUCGUCGGGGACGUCAGGGGAGGCCGUGGAGAUGAGCACCCUCCAACCCCUCAGCGGCGGGCGCCACGCGCAGACAGUGCCCACCGUCUACCAGGAGGGCACGUGCCUCCCCAGCCCGACCUCCCCGGGCACCACCACCAGGGCCAGCGCGCCCACACAGCGGGACAGGCUGAACGGGGGCAUGAACUACCCCACUAUCCUCCCCUCCUUCGUCUGCAGCUACCCGGGAAACGCACCCCAGGGCAACGCCAGAGGGGAGACCAGCACGGACUCUGCAGACCCCAUGGAGAGGCUCCAGCAGAUGACGGAGGAACCAAGUCAGCAGCGUUUGCUGCUGCAGUUGAUGGGUGGCCUGGAGCCUGGCCCACUGCUCUUGCAGCUGGACAGCUGCCUGUACUGCUCCAGCGUUCUGAAGCGCAUGGAGCAGGAGUACGCCGAGUCCGAGAAUGCCAGGACAGAGGCCGAACUCGCCGACGGGAGGCCGGGCCACCGACAUCGCCACCGCCACCGCCACCCCAAGAGAAUUGUGGGCCGCGGCUGCCUGGCCCAGGCGUGGGGGGACUUCCAGGGCCGGCUCAAGUCCAUCGUGAACAGCAAGUACUUCAACCAGGGGAUCAUGAUCGCCAUUCUCAUCAACACGCUGAGCAUGGGCAUCGAGUACCACGAGCAGCCUGACGAGUUGACUGACAUCCUGGAGAUCAGCAACAUUGUGUUCACCAGCAUGUUCGUCCUGGAGAUGCUCUUCAAGCUGUUGGCCUUCGGGGUGUUCGGCUACAUCAAGAACCCCUACAACAUUUUCGAUGGGAUCAUUGUUGUCAUCAGUGUGUGGGAGAUCAUCGGUCAGGCGGACGGGGGCCUGUCCGUGCUGCGGACGUUCCGGCUGCUGCGGGUCCUGAAACUGGUGCGCUUCCUCCCAGCGCUGCGGCGGCAGCUGGUGGUCCUGAUGAAGACCAUGGACAACGUGGCCACCUUCUGCAUGCUCCUCAUGCUCUUCAUCUUCACCUUCAGUAUUCUUGGAAUGCAUCUGUUCGGAUGCAAGUUCAGCACGACCACGGAGAACGGGGACACCAUUCCGGACCGGAAGAACUUUGACUCUCUGCUGUGGGCCAUUGUCACUGUGUUUCAGAUUCUGACCCAGGAGGACUGGAACGUUGUGCUGUAUAAUGGCAUGGCCUCCACCACGCCUUGGGCUGCUCUCUAUUUUGUGGCCCUGAUGACCUUUGGAAACUACGUGCUGUUCAAUCUGCUGGUGGCCAUCCUUGUGGAAGGUUUUCAAGCAGAGGGGGACGCCUGUGAGAAGUCCGAGGCCGACGACGAGAAGAGGUCUUCCAAUUUCGAAGAGGAGGAGAGGGUGGACGAGCUACGAGACAGAGAGCUGAGGAUGCUGAUGAUGUCGGCCAAUGGGCAUGUGGACCCCCGAGGCUCGCUGGCGCCCCCUAUCAUCAUGCGCACAGCUGCCACCCCUAUGCCCACGCCCAAGAGCUCCCUGGGGCCCGAGUCCAUGCUGGGCUUUGGGGACUCCCGUCGCGGGAGCGGAGCGUCCAUUGACCCCAACACUUACGACCAGAGGUCCCUGACCAGCCCUCGGCGGUCCCCGUGCCACCCUCGUGGGCCGGGCAGCAACUGGGGCAGCCGGCGGUCCAGCUGGAACAGUCUGAGCCGCGCGCCGAGCCUCAAGAGGAAGGACACGUCCGGGGAGUGUGAGUCGCUCCUCUUGGGGGAGGGCCGGGGGAGCUUCGAAGACGACGAUGGGGGCGCGGGGGGUGCGGGGAGGCCAGGGACCGCUGGCGGAGGCUCCGUGCAGCACCCCGGGUCCCUGGACUUCCCAGACAUCCAGCUUGGCUCGGGCACAUACCAAUCGGGGGAGUAUCACGACUGCAAUGGGCGCAUGCUACACAUCCCUCCCGGCGUCAGCUCCGACCUGACCAGGGAAGACUCCAACACCGAUGAGGACCUGGAAGAUGGCUACUGCUACAGGUUAAAGAAGAUUCUAGAAUCCUAUAAGCCCCAGUGGUGCAUCGAUCACGAGGAGUGGUCACUGUAUCUGUUCUCCCGUGAAAACAAAUUUCGCCAGAUAUGUCAGAGAGUCAUAGGGCACAGGAUGUUCGACCAUGUGGUGCUGGUGUUCAUCUUCCUAAACUGCAUCACCAUCGCUCUGGAGCAUCCCAACAUUAAAAAUGAUAGCACGGAACGGUGGUUUCUGUCUGUAUCCAAUUACGUUUUCACUGUGAUCUUCAUCGCUGAAAUGACUGUGAAGGUGGUGGCUCUCGGCUUCUACUCAGGAAAAGACACUUAUCUCCAGAGCACCUGGAACGUGCUGGACGGCAUAUUGGUCUUUGUGUCCAUCCUGGACAUCCUGGUGUUUCUGUCUUCCUCUAACGGCAACCGCAUCCUGGGCAUCCUGCGAGUGCUGCGUCUCUUGAGGACCCUGCGGCCCCUCAGGCUCAUAAGUCGAGCCCCUGGCCUGAAGUUGGUUGUAGAGACGCUGUUCUCAUCUCUGCGACCUAUUGGGAACAUCGUAUUGAUUUGCUGCGCCUUCUUUAUUGUCUUUGGCAUUCUGGGAGUUCAGCUUUUCAAGGGGAAAUUUUUCCAAUGCGAAGGGCCGGACAUUCGAAAUAUCACAUCCAGGACUGAAUGCCUGCAAGCCGGCCCUUCUUACCGGUGGAUACGGAAGAAGUACAACUUUGAUAAUUUAGGCCAGGCUCUGAUGUCACUGUUUGUAUUGUCCUGCAAAGAUGGCUGGGUGAACAUCAUGUACGAUGGCCUGGAUGCUGUCGCAGUGGGUGUACAGCCGAUCCGUAACCACAACCCGUGGAUGCUGCUCUACUUCAUUUCCUUCCUGCUGAUCGUCAGCUUCUUUGUGCUCAACAUGUUUGUGGGCGUGGUGGUGGAGAACUUCCACAAGUGCCGGCAGGACCAGGAGAUAGAGGAGGCGGCGCAGCGCGAGGCCAAGAAGCAGCGGCUCAUGGAGAAAAAGCGCCGGAAGGCUCAGCAGAGGCCCUACUACGAGGACUACCAUCCGGUCCGCCUCUACAUCCAUAUGCUGUGCACCAACCACUACCUGGACCUGUUCAUCACCUGCAUUAUCGGCAUCAACGUGAUCACCAUGUCCAUGGAGCACUACGAGCAGCCCGGGUACCUUAACAAGGCUCUGGCGUACUGCAACUAUGUCUUCACCGCCUUCUUCGUCAUCGAGGCCCUGCUCAAGCUCAUUGCGUUCGGGCUCCGGCGCUUUUUCAAAGACAGAUGGAAUCAGCUGGACUUGGCCAUCGUGCUUCUGUCCAUAGUGGGGAUCACACUCGAGGAGAUCAACAUGAGCGCUGCCCUUCCUAUCAACCCCACCAUCAUACGCAUCAUGAGGGUCCUGAGGAUCGCCAGAGUGCUGAAGUUGUUAAAGAUGGCCACAGGCAUGCGGGCUCUGCUGGAUACUGUGAUGCAGGCUUUACCUCAGGUGGGGAAUCUGGGCUUGCUGUUCAUGCUGCUCUUCUUCAUUUAUGCGGCGCUCGGAGUGGAGCUGUUCGGGAAACUGGAAUGCACCGAUGAGAACCCGUGCGAAGGCCUGAGCAGACACGCCACGUUCGACAACUUUGGCAUGGCCUUCCUGACUCUCUUCAGGGUGUCCACGGGGGACAAUUGGAAUGGCAUCAUGAAGGACACUCUAAGGGAGUGCACAAAAGAGGACAAGCACUGCCUGAGCUACCUGUCCUGGGUGUCGCCCAUCUACUUUGUGACAUUCGUGCUGAUGGCCCAGUUCGUACUGGUCAACGUGGUGGUGGCCGUGCUCAUGAAGCACCUGGAGGAGAGCAACAAGGAGGCGAAGGAGGAAGCCAGGAUGGACGCCGAGAUCGAGGAGGAGAUGGAGAUGGAGCGGCGCCUGAGUCACGUGUCCACCACCAGCUUCAUGGGCGGCGACGGCAGGGGCAUUUACGUGGGGCCCACGCCCGACUCACCUGGGCAGGAUGAAGUGUUGCAAAGUGCAGAAGAAAAUCCACUGUCUCUGCGGAAACUGUCUGUGGCCAGAAUGCACUCCCUGACUAACGACAGCUACAUGUUCCGCCCCGUGAGGCCAGCCAGUGCUCCAUACCCGACCCAGGGGAACGAGCCUGGCCACGGCUACGUCCACUCAGGCUCCGUUACGUCGGUCCACUCCCAGCCAUGUGAGGGCCACUCCUUGCUCCAGGUGCCAGGCAUCACCCCACUGACCCAGCUUUCCAAGGGCCUGCCCAGGAUCCCCCCACCCAAGCCCUCCCCCUUCAAGUCUCUGCGCAGACAGGAGGCCAUUAAGCAUGACUCUAUUGAGGUGCAGAGCAGCGAGGCCAGAGAGAGCCUGGAGAGACAGGGCUCCGCCGGACCGUACGACCUCCCGGUGCCGCACGUGCCCAACCCGAGCAACAGCAGCCCGCAGGCCUCGCCACUGCUGCCGCCACGCUCGCGCUCGCCCACCGUGCGCACCCUGCAGGACCCGUACGGCCAGCGCAGUGUCCAGCGGUCGCACCAGCACCCGCACGCGCCCAGCCUGGCCAGCAGCAACACCAGCACCAGCACCAGCCCCAGCGGCUCCAUGUUCGACUCGACCGACCCCACCGACGAGGAGGUGCGCUACAUCAACAGCGGCGCCAAGCUGUGGUCGGCGGGCGGAGGAGCGGCGGCGGUUGUGGCGCCAGGGGGGGCCGAGGAGGCGCGCAGCCACUCGCUCUCGCCCUACGCCUCUGCCCCCGUGGGCUCCUCCCUCCAGCUGGCCAAGAACUGUGGCAGCGCGGCCAGCUUGGCGGCCCACAGGGACAAGGAGCUGAAGAAGUUCUUCAGCGUGGACACCAAAGGCUUCCUGGACAAGCCGCCGCCAUGCGGCGUCGCCGCCGUCGGCGGGGACGACUUGCGACGCCACUCCAUCGAGUUCUGCCCCUCGAUGGAAGACGCCGACGAGGUGUUCGACCAGGCGCUGGCGGAGAUCCGGCACCCGCCCAUGCGUGGCCAGUCCCUCCACAUCCCCCGGAAGAAAAAGACGAGUCCCCCCUGCAUCUCUGUGGAGGCCCUCCCGGAGGCCGAAGCCAGCCCUGCGCCGCGUAAGGCCAGCGCGUCUAAGAGCAGCACGCUGUUGCGCAGACGGACGGCCUCGAGCGAACAGACGCAACUGCAGACGCAACGCGACUCCGUGGAUCUUCUGGAGCAUCAGGUGCUUCAAAACCAGCCUCUCCUGAGCAGACAGGACAAGCUCCAGGCCCUCGGUGGGGGUGGUGGUGGUGGCGAGUACCAGGCCCUGCCGCAGAUCAUGUUUGAUCAGACCGACCUUACAGACAUGGACAUGGGCACAGACGGCCUGUCAAGCCCCCUGCUGGACACCAACCCACUUCCGCAUCCCUCUCCAUUUGAGGAGUCCACUGAUUUUGACAGGACAGCUCUGUGACGAAAAGAAUAAAAAAAAACGUACAAACAAACGAGGGUGCCAGCCAAAUGUUUUUUUUUUGUCUGACGUGUCACUCAAUGCACAUUCUUCGAUGAGAGGUCGCCGCACGGCCAGACAUUGACCUUUCGGUUUCAGUAGCCAAAGUUCAAAAACUUUGUUGCAUUGUUUGUCCCAGGCGUGACAUCGGUCAUCCUAAAGCCAGCCAGGAAAGGUGGCCGCAUUGCUUAGGUUCAGCUCUUGCCCUGACCCUGACACAAGCGUGCGGUGGUACAAGGUGUUGGACAUGGGUUAUGCAAUUUCAGGUUUCCGUCUGGAACUCUGACAUUUAUGUUAGUCCUGACCUCAAUCACAUUGAUCUGAGCGCUGGAUACCUGUCAAGUUUCAUUUACACACUGUUGCGUCUUAAGGCCUUUGCACACUAAAAUCCCCAAAUUUUGGUCACUAAAUACAGAAGGCUGGAGUAGGAAACCUCGUUCACUAACCUGUGUUUGAUUUUUAUUUUUGUUUAAAGAUGUAAACAUGAUUGACACAAUAUGGCCUUGUAUUUUUUUUUUUCAUUCGUGUGACAAUUUCGGACAAAAAAUAUGUGUGCAAAGGCCUUCAUUCACAUUUGCCCACUUUUGUCAUGGACCUGGCUACAUCCUUUCUUUCCUGUUAAAGGCAGAGUAUAGAAGAAGAAUACUAGUAAGAGCUGUACACAUUCAGUACUGUACAUCCUACAGUCUAAAUAGAAGAAAUAUUGUAUCAAUGAUGAAAAUAGCUCUAUUCAUAUCCACAUAUUUUUAUAGAGAUCUAUAAUGUUUUUUGCACAUAUCGAUUUGAAUUUCAAGUUGGAUGUUCUUUUUGUUGUCCUCCUGUGAAUGUACAUUUCUUUUUUAAGAAAGUCAAAUAGCAGUGGGAUUGAUUCCAGGCAAUUUAGACCUACUGAUAUUGAAAUACUUUUUAUUUUUUUAUUGGGAGGUGGGGGUAACGACAAUGUCAGUGUAGAUCCGACGAAAACCAAACUACAACCAACAAUCUGUAGCCUGAGUGCAAUAUACUGUGUGUGUUUAUGUUAGUCUGCCCUGUUAGGUUGCUUGUGUUUUACCACCAUAACCACAGACAGACACACACACACACACACACACACACACACACACACACACACAUAUAUAUAUAUAUAUAUAUAUAUA